AUGGUUUCACAGGUGUUUCUGAUGAGUCUGGAGGAGGAGGAGCAGCGCAGGUCAAUCUGGGAGAAGAACACGCUGCUGAUCGAGGCCCACAACCUGGAGUAUGAGCAGGGCAUGCACUCCUAUCAGCCGGGCAUGAACCACCUGGGAGACAUGACCGCUGAGGAAGUGGCUGAGAAGAUGACCGGUCUGGUGGUUUCUCAGGCCAGAGAGACUAACAACACCUUCGCUGUCGAUGACAUUGCCACAAAACUGCCCAAGGCCAUCGAUUACCGCCUACUUGGCUACGUCACGCCGGUCAUAAAUCAGGGCUCCUGCCGGUCCUGUUGGCCCAUCAGCGCCGCGGGGGCUCUGGAGGGUCAGCUAAUGAAGAGCCGGAGGAAGCUGGUGCCCCUCAGCCCCCAGAACCUGGUGGACUGUGUCAGGAGCGACUACGGCUGCACGGGCGGCUACAUGACCAACGCCUACAAGUACGCAGUGAAGAAAGGCAUCAGCUCUGAGAGGAAAUAUCCCUACAUGGGCGUGGACCAGAAGUUUGCCUUUGACAGAUCAGACAGGGUGGCCCAGAUCUGGGACUCUAAGGAGCUCCCUGAGGUGAACGAGCGGGUCUUGCGGGCAGUCGUGGCCGUGCAUGGGCCCGUUUCCGUGGGGAUCAACUCCAGAUCCAGAAGCUUUGUCUUCUACAAGAGCGGUGUUUACCACGACCCCAAGUUUAGCCGGGACGACCUGAACCAUGCCGUGCUGGUGGUCGGCUAUGGCGUCACUCCCACCUGCAAGAAGUUCUGGAUCGUUAAGAACAGGUGACCCCUUGACACGCCCUGGUCCGGAAAGAGUACGCAGCUGACAGACAAUGUGUUUUACAAGGAGCUCGA